AUGUUGCGUGCGUUGACUCGUCAAUUUAGCGCGCUUCGUUCGUGUUCAGCGGAGUCUCAACGAGAAGGUGUUCGUCUUAGAAGUCUUGGUGGCACAGCUAAAGAUCAGGACACUUUGAAGCUCGUGUUUGAGAAAUCUCGAGAAGUGAAUCCAAAAGGGUUUGUCAAACUCAUCCGUAAGGGUGAAAACCUCGGAGUGAUGAGCCUGCGGACUGCAUUGGCCCAGAUUGAUCUUUCCAAGGAGGGAUUCCUGUUUAUGGGGUCCGUGAGAGACCAAAAGUUUGGAGACGUUGGGCUUUUGAAGGUGGCUUCUCCACAGAAGGCACGCAAACAGCUUUCUAAGCAUUUACAGCAACAAAAGACACAGCACUUCCAAGAGGAGAAUCCACGGCUUAUCGCCAAACAGCAAAAACAAGAAAGUAGACAGAGAGAACCCGACGUCAAAAUGGUCAGAGUUUCUUGGCAGAUCACUCCGCACGAUCUUACAAGCCAAAAGCGACACGAAGUCGAGACGCAAGUCAAGAAGGGUGAGCGAAUCCGUAUUGUCAUUGACGACAAGGACAAUUUCGACGCUGACGUCAGAGUGACAGGAGAUGAGAGAUCUCUGACAGAGUUGGAAGCCACCAAGAGAGGCAAAAUUGAGAGUUUCCUGGACCAAUUACUUGAAGAGCUUGGGGUAGAGUUCCAUAAAGAGGGCGAGAUCUACGAUAAAGUGUCUUACGACGUAAAACCACAAGAACGGAAGAGCGAACUUUCUCCGGAGGAAAAAAAGCGCUUGAAGCAAUUGAAAAAGCAGGAAAAACAGGAGAAGUUGCGCCAGCGCACAGAGGAGAAACGCAAGAAGGCACAGGAGGAACUCAAGAUCCUAACAGUGGAUUGA